CGAGCAUCAGAAAAGCGGCUGCUUUCGCAGUGGUCGCGUGCGAGUGUCGUUUCCUGUUCCUCAGUGGUGCCCCCGUGCGGCGCGUGAGCGCGCCGCCCUCCGUCGUCUGCUAUCGUCGUCUGCGAGACGCGCGUGUGUGUUUCUCGUGUGUUGUGCUGCGUGGAGGAGCGCUGCUGCUGCUCGCCGAGCCAAGACGAAGCCUGCGCGCUCAGCUGUUUCGCUUCGCCGUCCUCGUCAAACGGCGUCGUACUCGUCGUCCUUCGUCGACGGUCCCUGCCCGCGUGAGAAGCGAGUGGCUGCGCGCAACGUCCCGCAGAAGGGCGUCCUGAGCCACGAUCUCGGCAUACACACAGCCGACCGCGACGCCCGAUCCAGGUGCAGUUGGGCCUUCGUCGCGGGACGCCGCUGCGUGCGCUUGAAGCAGACGACGUUGCGGGAGUAGCAGAAGUGGCCGCCGAGUGAGACCACCGAGGAAGCCUGUGUGUUCCGUGUCGGUUAUUCGCCCGCCGGACGCGAUUCCUGUCCCGAGUCGAGGAGCGUCCUUGCGUCCUCGUCGUCGGCACGUUUACCGGCGGCGGUGAGCCGCCGACCCCCGAUGUUGCUGGUGCCUCUCGUUGCCGUGCAAAGUGACGACGAAUCCAUGCGUCCCGGCUGAGUAGUAUUCACGGGGCACUCCAGCAGCUCCAUCUCUAACUGAGAAUCCGCGCUGCGCUCGAGCUUCUUUCGUUUUGCGACGCAGCCUUUUUCCGAGACACAUCAACAACAUGCGCUUCUUCACGCGGCUGGCUGCACAGCUGAGCGGCGGCGGCGGCCGCGUCACUCCGCACCUGCCCUCGUCUCGCGUCGUGUUCGUUAUUCUCCUCCUCGCGUCGUCGUGCGCAGUGUUUACGAGGGCAGCCGAUGACGACGACAGUGUCUCCUCGUCUUCUUCGCAUCACGACGAGCUCGACCUCUCGUCGUGCCCGCCGGACGACCAGUGCGACACGAAGAAGUGGUGCUCGGCGAUCGCCGCCGUGCACGGCGCAGCAGCGGACGACAAGAAGGCUGCGCCAGAAGCAGACGAGUACGAUCACGGCGUCAAGUGUUUGGACGAGCAGGUCGUGGAUCGGUGCGGUUGCUGCCGGGAGUGCGUGCGCGGCUCGCCGGGCCUGCCUUGCGGCGGAAUCCGGCGCCGCGGUGUGUGCGCGGCGCCCCUCGAAUGCCUCGCCGACGUCGCCGUCGGCAGGAUCGCCGAGCCCCACGAGGAAGGCACCUGUCACGAGCGCAACUGCUCGGCAAUCGUGUGUCCCGCGCUGGUGUCCAAGCCGUGUCCAGAGGACAGCUACGCCCUGCCGUCGCAAGUGUCGCCCAAGAGCUGCUGUCCCAUAAGCGGAGGGUGUGCCUGUCUCCCCAACGAUUGCCUCGGAAAGGACUGCCAGCCAGAUGAGGUGCGCCGCCUGGUGAAAACUGGCAACAGCAAGCCCGGUUCCUGCUGCGACACCUAUGAGUGCGUUCCCGCCAGCGGAGACCGCGUGUGUCACGUGGGCAAGGAGACGUACAAGAACGGCGAGACAUGGCAUACCAAGUGCAGCACUUGCUCCUGCCGAAACGGCGUCGCCGUGUGCAACGACAACGUCUGCAAGGGCGUCGACAUGCACUGCUCGUGGCUGCACAAGCCCGAAGGGGAAUGCUGCCCCGUCUGCCUCGGUUGCCUGACUUCAACGGGGCUGCGCUUCAACAACGGUGAACGGUGGAAGGACGACGACUGCACCUGGUGUGAGUGCAUAUCGGGCAAGGCCAAGUGCGAGGCACAGAUGUGCCAAACCAAAUGUGCCAAUCCGGUCAAGAAGCCCGGCGUCUGCUGCCCUGUCUGCGAAAAAUCACCAUCAUCAUCUUACCCAACCCACGGCGCCAACCACACGAGCUUGUCUCGGUUGUGUCCGCGAGACGAUCGAAGCGUUUGGAGAGAUCAGUGCCGCCAUUGUGCUUGCCUGAAUGGUCACGAGGUCUGCUCUCUCGUGGCCUGCCCGCGAACCUACUGCGAGCACCCCAUCAUGGAUCCUGGAGCCUGCUGCCCCGUUUGCCAGAACGAUGCUGCCAGCCCAUUCCACUGGCCGCCAGCAGGCACUGGCGUAUGCCAGGGCCUCGAUGGCCAUGUUCACCGUGAAGGAGACAGUUGGUGGCUGGACGACUGCGUCCGCUGCGAGUGUGUGGAUGGCAUGGCCCUUUGUGACACCAUGCAAUGCCCUCCAGCACCGUGCGCCAAUCCAACAAGGAAACAGGGACAGUGUUGUGCCACCUGCACAGUGGCGUCAUCUGUUACAGAAGAGGAACAACUGGGCAGUAACCAGUCCAACCAGCUCCCAUGCGCGGGUGGAUACAAAGAUGGUCAGUCAUGGCGUCCGGAGCCUUGCCUGAGCUGCCUGUGCCGUGCCGGCAAGGAGCGCUGCUUCCGAGAAACCUGCCCACCUCUCGCAUGUUUGGAGCCACUGUUUCUGAAGAACCAUUGCUGCCCCAUCUGCCCGACAGCAGCUACGUCUUCCAAGGCCUCCCCGGUCUGCAGAACUGACGGGAAGGUGUACGCUGAUGGGGCAUCCUGGUCUCCCGACAACUGCAAGCGCUGCCACUGCACACUGGGCCAGGUGCAGUGCUCCGAGAUGGGCUGCCCUCCGAACAUGUGCCGAUCGGCUAACCACACGUCGGGGAGCUGCUGCAUACCUUGCUCAUCUGAUGGAGCGGUUCGAACGCCUGCGCAGUGGCAGUGCACAAGAGGUGGCCUGGUGCUCGCUGACGGAGAGCAGCGCGUCAUCGACAAUUGCAACCGCUGCGAGUGCAGUCAUGGACACUUGCACUGCCAGGAGACCGUCUGCCACCAGGACCUGUGCCGGGCCCACAACCACAGCUCCGGCAACUGUUGCGUGCAGUGUGCUGAACUGGACCAUUACAUCAAAAGCACCGGCAGCGAUGUGGUUGGCUACGUGAUCGCUAUUGUGAUCUUGAUCACCAUCAUCUUCGUGCUCAUGUGUGUGGCUUGCUUGUGGAGGAGAAGAAACACCAGGCCGUUCAACAAACCCAAGCCGCAACAUUACCAGAAGACCGCAAAUGGCUAUGUCUGAGAAGCUGGCGUCAGCAGCUCCAUGUUUUGACUCCGUGCCAUUUCUUGGCACCUUCCCCCCACCCCUACUUCCCCCAGACACUCCUGGUCUUUUUCUUCAAGUGCGUGCACUUUGUGAUAUUGAUUAUUUAUGCCAAAGCUGGCAAGAAGGACCAGAACUAUAGCAGCGAACCGAAGGUUCCUGACCCCUGUGUGGCAAAAGCUGCGUCAUGACCUUGUCAGGAGAACUGCUUUGUGACCUUGUCAAGGGAAUUGAAUCGUGGCCUUGUCAAGGGAAUUGCGUCACGACCUUGUCAAGAAACCUACACCACAACCUUGACGAGAGAACUACGUCACGACCUUGUCAAGAGAACUGUGUCACAACCUUGUCAAGACAACUGCAUCAGACCUUGUCAAGGGAGCUGCACGAUGACCUUGUCAAGAGUGUCACGAUCUUGUCAAGAUAACUGUGUCACGACCUUGUAAAGGGAACUGCAUCACGACUUUGUCAAGAAAACUGUGUCACGACCUCGUCAAGAGAACUGUGCUGCAUCAGAUCUCCUGUUUGUGCAAAGACUUUUUAAUGCGAUCUGUGGCACAGACUGCUUUGGCAGAGGAAUGAGUGAGGCACCAUGACAUAUCCAAGAACACGUGACGGACUAUAACACUGUAUGCUGUGGUGAAAGGAACAGUGAAAGAUUUUGGUUUCGGACAGCAAGGCAGUUUAGUGGCUACGCGGAAUCCAUUUUACUGUAUGUGCAUGUGUGACUGUACUGCUGUAUUGUGCCGCUCGAAUUUCGAAACAGUUCUGUGCACCUUCUCGAAGUAAUAUAGAAACAGGAGUGCAUAGCGUGCCCAACUUGCGUAGAGGAUGUGUAGCCAAAAAGGCAAUCCACGAAAUGACUCUGUGCCAUAUUAGGCAGACAGGUGAUGUUUGUCAUGUGUGGAUCACUAAGAUGUAUGAUCUCGCGAACACUGCUUUGACGAUUUUGUCCCAAAGGAGGUAAAAUACCUGUGUCAAGCCUUGUUCUUCCAGUACUUUUCUGUCAUUAUAAACACAUGCAGUUUUUGCAAGUCCUGUAAAAGCGUGCAAGAUGGCAGAAAAAAAAAAAGAUAAUGGGACAGCAUAAUAGCGUCAGUGCUUUCCUUUGGGUCAACAGAUUGCAUGCAGCUCAAAGCAGUGGAUAUUACAAUAGGAAACUUUUUGCAAGCUUGGUUUGCACGAUUGAGCAGUGAAAAGUCUGAAUACGUCUUUUGUUUCCUUGCUUCACAGUCACUGAAGACCAUGAAGGCUUUCAGUGACAAAGUGAAGAAUAUAAAGACAUUGUACAUAUAUGAAUUAUUGUCAACAAAGUUACAUCUGCAGCGCCAAUGCAAAAACGUUUAGAGUUAAGUGAAAAAAAAUGUGUUCGUGUUGGAGUCGUGUGCUUUUGUCAGUGUUAUGCCUCACGGUGACUACAGUACACUCCCUUUAAUGUUAACUCUGUUAAGCUGAAUAUGGGGACAUCUGUUGAGUUCGGGGACAUUUGCAAAGUUUGGAGACACUUGCAUAGUUUCCUCCAGAAAGAAACUCAAAGGAAAUUCAUUAACACAAAUCAUUUGUCUCAUGCCCGUUGUUUAAGGCAAGUUCCUGUGAGGAUCCAAGGCUAGCUCUCGAAGCAUUCAGCUGCCUUUGCUUUCUUCAGAAGGACCGUCUGCUGGGCUAGUUGGUCUAACAUAGUUACUUCCAGAUAUAGCACAAAUAAGAACACAUACACAGGAAGAAGACACGACAGACGCAGAUGAGCGAUCAGACAGCACUCGCCCGCGUCUGUCGCGUCUUCUUCGUGUGUAUGUGUUCUUAUUUGCACUACAUCUGAAAGUAACCUUUGCUUUCUAUCAGUGCCCCCCCCCCCCAUGUUUGUUUGUUUAAUAACUGCACACGAGUGGGAAGGUAAGCUUUUCACUACAUUGCUCUGCGCAAGGAAUUCGGUGCAGUUGGAGAGAGAAGCAACAUAAUGAAAAAUAAGACCAACAGCUCAAUGCCUUGCUACCAUCAGCAUGAAAUGACAUGAGAACUUGGAAUCUAUAUCCGUUUCUACAGUCGGGGGCCAACAUGUGUUACAAUGAUGUCGUCAAUGCUGUAUCGUGGAGCAGUGGCACCGGUGCAAGUUGUGCCCAGUGAUUGCACAUUGCAUUCUGAACUAAUUUGUACGAGAGCUGUUCUGAUUUAUUUUUCAUGUCUGUACAAAAAGAGUACAUUUUGCUCCGUAAACAAACCAAUGCAGUUUUAUUCUUGGGAGCAUGACAAUGUUGCAGUAAAUUGAGUACACACCCUCCCUGUUUAACUUAAGAGCAGGGCUCAUAUUGACAAAGCUUAGUUUACAUAAGAUCAUUUACUCAUUAAUUGGUCGCAUGCCUGCCACCAGCAACGAUCAGUAUGAUUGCAAGACAAGACCGCAGUGACUGAUAGAGAUGAUGACUAGAUAAGAGAAGUAAUGGGAAUAUUUAUCCCAAGUUUUGCAAAAAAGGAAGAAGUGAAUAGUUAGCAGCUGCUGUAGGCACAGUGCAAGACUUUGUAAAUAUUUUAUUGCAGAGUUCCUAAUAAGCUACAUUUUUAAGGCUCUCUGCAAUAAUGCUUAUGUAUUUCCUGGUUUAUGAAAUAUAGCAUGCGUUCAAUUGCAGUAGCAUGACCCGAGGUAUCGGGCCUCUCUCAAAAACUGAACCUUCGGAAUGUCAAGCCAAAAUUCACUUAAACCCCACCAUGUUCAUCUUAAUUAGGGAGUGUACUGUACAGUUACUCCAUAUGCUGGGAAACCCUUCCUUGUGUGCAACAGUUUGUUUUUAAAAUGUUUUCUAGUGAUACAGAACAGAGGUAAGUUAAACCUCAAUAUAACAAAGUUGUACAAGUUUGAACUUUACUUCAUAGCAUCGAAAUUUUAUCACACUGAAAUACCCUAAAUCUGUGUCUAUACAUUUAAAAAACUUAUUUUUCUGACAAAUUCAUAAGCAGCCUCAUAUAAUUCAACCAUGCGUGGCCGCCGGCGCCCUCGAUACUUUCAUUUAAUGCCUAAAUGUUCCUGAAAUUGCAGACAAACACUUUUCGUUAAUUGAGGCUAAAAAUAUACGGUGCAAAUUUUCUGUCAUCAAGUUAUAAAAAGUAAGAUGAUUUAUUACACUGGAGUUUGUUACAUCGAGGUUUAACCAAGUUUAUCACUUUUGGUGUCACACUUGCUGCAGACAGUGGAUAGUACCUUGUAAAGUUUUUAGCAUAGUGUGUGAUGUCAUAGUUGCCGACUCUGGUCUGCUGUUCUUGAUGGUGCUGUGCAUGUUGUUCGAGCUUCUAGCGAAAGCCGUAACACAAUGGCAGUGCUAUACAUUUUCUUUUUAUGAAGCAGGCGGUGAAGAAGAGCAUCGAACAGUACUGUCUGUUCUAAAACAUUAUUUUAUGAAACGAGUAGAAGACAGAACCUUCUUGGUGUUUCCAUUCCUCCAGAAUGCUGUGGACUUUUUUUUUUUUCUUUUAGCAGAAGCACAACAUGUAUAUUUAUGACUUUUUUUUCAGUUGUGUGAUUUAUUGACUGUGCACCCGUGUGUGUGACAGACGAAAAGACGUGGAGCGAGAGCUUUUCUUCCUCCUCCUCGGCUCGGUGUUGGCCACAAAUAAAAUCUGAACAUUUUACUGUACAA